ACCUCAAAGAAUCAUGACCUCCCUCCUCGACAAAGCACUCUUCCACCUCCUCUUCAGUGACAAAAAGAAGAAAGUCACUCAAUUCCUACGCACCACCACACCUGACACUCUCCUCACCUCCCUCCACACCAAACUCCUCCGUGAAGCCAAAGCAAUCACCACCACCAAUCCCCAAACUAUCUUCAACGCCUCAUGCAUCAGAGACCCGUCAUCACAAACGCAGCCUUACUGGACGCAAGAAAUCCUCCAAGCCCAUCUAGUCAAAACCCACCCCACGACCACUAUUUCCCACGCGACCAUCACCCUCCUCUGGUCCUGUUUCUGCCGCUACGCCUACCACCCCUUUCCAUCCGAUGCUGCAGCCAGUAGGCUGAAGCUCGAGCUCCCCGCCUUCGAGCGCGCAUUCACCCUCCUCUGCCUCUCCGGCACGAAGCUCCUCGGCCUCGUCGAGGAUGAUUUCGGGUACUGCUGGGGGCGAGUGGAGGAGUCGUGUAGCUGCCCCCGACGGAUGACCCGGCUCUUGCGGAGCAUCAGCGUCAGCGUCAGCGUCAGUAACACACCCGUCCUCAGUCCAGACCCCCCAACUUCUGCGAAGGGGAUAAUGGAUACAUCCCUCACCGACGAGGUAAUCGACGCCAUCCUGCCUGUCUGCCCGGCUCACCCGAAAGUGUUUCCCUCGGUGGAGCAGCUCGCGCCGCUGGCGGGGCGGUUGCUGCGCGAGAGCGGGGAGGGGGGAGAGGAGCGGGAGUAUCGGGUCAGAAAGGCUGAUCUGGCGGCGUGGCUGGGUUUGAUCCUUAGAGUGGGAGUCUCUGCAGGGUCUACGUGGGGCAGGGGGAUUUAUUACGGGUCUUUCGACGAUGUUGGGAAUGAAACGGAGGAGUUAGCUCGAGGACUGGCGAGUGCGGUGUGCUCGGGGAAGGAGGAGGAGGAGGUUCUUUCAACGGAGUUGGCGGUGCGGGGGUUGGAGGUUCUGCCGAAUCUGGAGCAAGCUUUCCAUCAGCUCUGGGCUACGAUAUUUCAACCACCCAGACAGCCAGGGGUAGAAUCAAGCAUAGAGGCAGAAGGAAUAGAGACAGCAACACGAACAAGGACAGCAACAGAUAAGGGUACAGGGCCAGACACCCUCCUCCACGCAAUCUCCCUCUUCAUCCCCCCGUUCCCUCCCCACAGCCGAGCCGACAUCCACCGCAAAGUCAAGCCCAUCACCUUCCACAAACGCUUCGACUCGACAGAGGACGGCUUACAUCUGGAUCUGGCUGCCUGGAUUUUCCAACAGAAGGUCUCUCCGGCCGAGAAACCCCCGAAAGCACGGCUUGUUCUCUUCGUGGGCCAACCUCAUCCUACCGAUGAGAAUCUGCAGGUGCACCUGAAUCACUCGGACGAGGAGGACAAGCACAUGAACCCGAACCCCACUGACAGGAAAAAGAACAGCCCCGUAGUCGUGGGAGCAUUCUUCCCGGCCUCCACCACCACACAGAAAAGAACGACAGACAUCCUCGCCGAACCAGAACUUCUCUUCCAGCUCCGGCCUUCUUUCACUUUAACCCAGUGCAAUGCUGAAAGCAGGACCAGCGGAGGACCAGCGGCGUCUACCUCCCAGGGCGACAAUCACAAUACCGACCCCGCCGAGCACACUGAUGCAUCACCCGCAUCCUCAGAAUGCAUCCGCAUCGGAAUCCCCAACAUCGCGGAAAUCCAGCUAGACCCCGCCACGCGCCACACGAUUGUUUUCCUACCGUGCAAGCCUGUCGCUGCUGCUGCUGCUGCUGCUGCCGGUCGGAUAUCAAAUAGCCAUAGAAACGUGGCGACGAGGAGUCCUUGUGGUACCUCAUCGGAGAAAGACGUGACUAGCGAGUACACCACCGCACCCGACAACACAGGAGAUCCGCACGACACAACCACCACCAGCUUCCAACUCACCAAUCUCACCAUCUGGGAUGUAGAAGGGGGUCCGAAUUACGAUUCUUCUUGGUGA